UCCGUUUUUCCUCGAAAUUCCGUUCCGUCCGGCUUCGAAAGUUCCGUGUAAUGUUCCGUCCGGAAACGCGUCUCGUGCCGCCGGAAUCGGGUGCCGGGUUCCAGUUCCCAUUUGAUACGCCGUACGCGAUUCAGUUGGACCUGAUGCGUUCGCUCUAUUCGACGGUGGAAAACGGUGGGGUGGGUAUUUUCGAAAGUCCCACCGGAACGGGCAAGAGUCUGACGUUGACCUGUGGGGUGUUGAGUUGGCUGAGGGACUACGAGGUAGCGGUGGCGCGGGAGUUGGUGGAGCGGAUUGAACGGUUGCGGUCGGAGAUCGGGCGGUUGGAGCGGGAAACGGCGGGUGCGGUGGACUGGAUUUCCGGGCAAUUUGAGACGAUGGGAAUCAAGAAGGAACUGGGGGAGUUGAAAGGGGUGAAGGAUUUGAUGGAUGAGUACGGGAAACGGUUGGAGGAGUUGAAGGAGAAGUCGAUGAAGGUGAAAAGGAGGAAGUUUGGACGGGUGAAGAAGGAGAAGGAGGAGAUUAUUGGCGAGGAAGACAAGCCAGAAGUGGUAGGUGAGGAUGAUUAUCUGGUGGGAGAUUCUGAUGAGGAGGCGAAAGAUGAAGUUGAGGAAGAGAAUGAGCGUUUGCAAUAUAAACCGGUUCAGGUGAUAUUCUGUUCGCGGACCCAUUCGCAGUUGGGUCAGGUUGUGAACGAAGUUCGAAGGACGGAAUUCGGCAAACUGAUUAGAUUGACCACGAUUGCCUCGAGGCAGAAUUUCUGCAUCAAUCAGGAGGUGAGGAAGCUGCGGUCCAAUGCAUUGAUCAAUGAACGAUGCUUGGAACUGCAGAAGAAGUCCGCGAAAGCGACGGCUGUUGAUGAGGAUCAGAACGCCAGGAAGAAGCGGAAGGUCGUCGAACAGUGCUCUUUCUAUAAUCGACAAGCGAUCGAAGAUCUCAAGAACGAUUCGCUGUUUGAAGUUCAGGACAUUGAAGAAUUGGUGACGUUCGCCAAACAGGAGAAUGCUUGUCCGUACUACGCCUCGCGGGUGGCUAUUCCGGAUUCGCAACUGCUCAUGAUUCCCUACCAGAAUCUGCUUCACCGGGGGACCCGUGAGCAAACCGGAAUAGAUAUAAAGAAUUCUGUCAUCAUCAUCGACGAAGCUCACAACUUGCUGGACACGAUUUCGAGCAUCCACAGUCAGGAAAUGACCCUGGAACAGCUGCAGCAAGCUCGGCUUCAUCUAAACGCCUACAAGACGCAGUAUUUUGCCAGGUUCUCAACCAAAAAUCUACUGAAAAUCAACCAACUGCUUUUUAUAGCCACUCGACUUGGCAAACUCCUGGAAAGUCCUCCAGCAGGUGCCAAAGUGCAAUCCCGGAUGAUUCAAACCCAUGAGCUGAUGACUGAGGGGGACUUCUUCAAUCUCAAUCUGCAGGAGAUCCUACAGUUUGCCGACAAGUGUCGAAUCGCUCAGAAGGUGCACGGAUUUGCUCAAAGCGUGCCACAAUCGGUGCUGCAGGGAGCUUCCAAAAAACGGCCGGAAGCUAAGAAGCCCGCCAAAAGCGCACUGAAGGACUACCUCAAACAGCUUGAGAAGGACGUGACCGAGAAGGACAAGAAUAAAAAGACUGUUGAGGAAGUCAAUCAACCGAAUCCGGAAGAGAAACGGGAACCCAUAAUGAAUGCCAUCCGUCCGCUGUUGAGCUUCAUCGGAUGCCUGGCGGAAAGCUUCGACGAUGGACGUGUUCUGCUGUCCCACAAUGGGAACGACAGUAAAAAGUCUACUAUGAAAUAUCUUCUGCUCAAUCCGGGAGCAAGAUUUCAAGAGAUCCUGACUAGCUGUCGAUCGAUAAUUCUGGCCGGUGGAACCAUGCAACCGGUCGAGGAAUUGACCGAACAGCUGUUCAAACACUGUCCGGAGCGGGUGCAACUGCGAAGUUAUCGGCACGUUGUUCCGGCAGAUGCCGUGCUCCCCUUGGCCAUUUCGAAGGGUCCUUCCGGAAAGGAGCUUCUCUUCAACUAUGCCAAUCGUCAGAAUAGCGAUCUGCUCAACGAACUGUCCUCGGUCCUGGCCAACCUGUGCCAAGUGGUCCCGCACGGAGUCGUUUGUUUCUUCAGCUCGUACGACUACCUGGAUCAGUUCUACACCAACCUGCAGCAGUCCGGUCGGUUGGCAAAACUGGAGGAACGCAAACGAGUGUUUCGAGAACCGCGUGGCAGCGCUCAGGUGGAUAAAAUCCUCGCCGACUACUCGAAAGCCGCUCGGCAGUGGAGUGGAUCGCAGACCGGUGCUCUGCUGCUGAGCGUCGUCGGUGGCAAACUGAGUGAAGGACUGAACUUCUCCGACGAGUUGGGACGGUGUGUGGUGGUGGUUGGACUGCCCUACCCCAAUCGGACCAGUCCGGAGCUUAUGGAGCGGAUGCGCUACCUGGAUCGGACGCUUCAGCCUCCUGCUGGAAAUGAGUACUACGAGAAUCUCUGCAUGAAGGCUGUGAAUCAGUGCAUUGGGCGGGCAGUGCGCCACAUUCGGGACUAUGCCAGUGUGGUGCUGCUCGAUGCGCGGUACGUUAGUAGUGAGAAGAUCCGGCGGAAGCUGCCGGUUUGGAUCUCGGAGGGGAUGCAGUGCGUCGAGCGGUACGGACAGGCGCACGGCAGUUUGGUGCGGUUUUUCAAGGGGAAGGGUGGGAAGUGAUUUAAAAUAUGAUUUGAAUUGUGAUG